AGACGCAGAUGUACAACCCCACGAAGGAGGCGACGAUAACUGGGGAGCAUCAUAUUCGCUCGCUUCCACCAGUCGCCUGUCCCACAAUGCGCUGUGCUGCUGCUCAGGCUCCGAGUGUGAGGGACGGGGACUUCCUGGCACAGGCAGAGUACACAGCAGAACGAAUCCGGAGCCUCCCAACCAGUUGCGUCGGGGCCAAAAGAUACCGCUGUUGACAGGCAGCAAGAGCGGAGGCCACCGCCCUCCCGCUGCACUCUCCCUGCUCUGCUCCAGUCAGCCGGAGCCGCUUGGACCUUUGGCCGGAAUGGGGUUGCUCGGCGCGGCCGGGAUACCUGCCCACUGGACUAAGAACCAUGCUGCUUCAUAAAGCUCUUAAUCAUCAAUCAAGUAAGCCUUUGUUUAAUAAAAGAAAUUCCGUCUGUAUUCUAUACCCAGAUGUCCACAAGGACAACAUUAUUGAAGCAUCAUGAAGAUCUCCGUGAAACUAAAAUGGAUCUGGCUAGGGAAGAGUUGUAUUCUGAUCAGUUUACUGUGGAUUACUUAUGUUAUUAUUGAACUGUCAGUCUCCACUCUACUUGACUCUGCUGGACAGAGCAAUAGAAAGGAAAGGGCAAAUGCAGCCUAUUUUAGUGAAGAGCAAAGUGAGGACCUGUCACGCCCAGUGUAUGAAAAACCUGCUGUUGAUAUGAGCAGACCCGGGGAAUUGGGCAAAGCAGCACAUCUGAAUUUGAAUGCCGAAGAGAAAUUACAAGAAGAGGAGAGUAUUGAGAGAUAUGCUAUUAAUAUUUAUUUAAGUGACAAAAUAUCACUGCAUCGUCAUAUCCAGGAUGACCGAAUGUAUGAAUGCAAAGCAAAAAAAUUUGAUUAUAGGAAGCUUCCUACGACUUCUGUAAUUAUUGCAUUUUAUAAUGAGGCUUGGUCCACUCUGCUGCGCACAAUUCAUAGUGUACUGGAAACAUCUCCUUCUGUUCUCCUGAAAGAACUCAUACUGGUAGAUGACUACAGCGAUCGAAUUUAUCUGAAGUCCCAGCUGGAGCAGUAUAUCAGUAACCUUGAGCGAGUGCGCCUCAUUCGAACAAAUAAGAGGGAGGGACUGGUGCGUGCUCGUUUGAUUGGUGCUACUUUCUCUAUCGGAGAUGUGCUCACGUUUCUGGAUUGCCACUGUGAGUGUGUCACUGGCUGGUUGGAGCCACUGCUGGAGAGGAUUAGAGAGAAUGAGACUGCAGUUGUAUGUCCAGUUAUCGAUACCAUCGAUUGGAAUUCUUUUGCAUUUUACAUGCAGACCGGUGAACCGAUGAUUGGUGGGUUUGACUGGCGCCUUACUUUCCAGUGGCAUGCUGUUCCUGGAAGUGAAAGAAAUCGAAGAAAGUCAAGAAUCGACCCAAUUAGGUCUCCAACUAUGGCCGGGGGACUGUUUGCAGUUAGUAAAAAGUACUUUGAAUACCUGGGCACCUAUGACACAGGGAUGGAAGUAUGGGGAGGUGAGAACUUAGAACUAUCUUUUAGGGUGUGGCAAUGUAAAGGCUCCCUGGAAAUCCAUCCCUGCUCCCAUGUUGGGCAUGUUUUUCCAAAGCAUGCUCCAUAUGCACGACCGAAUUUCCUCCAGAAUACUGUUCGAGCAGCUGAGGUGUGGAUGGAUGAAUACAAAGUACAUUUUUAUUACCGAAAUCCUCCUGCAAGAAAGGAAAAAUAUGGGGAUAUUUCUGAAAGGAAACUACUCCGAGAUCGUUUGCAAUGCAACAGUUUCAGCUGGUAUUUGAAGACAGUAUACCCAGAAUUACAUGUACCAGAGGAUCGUCCCAACUGGCAUGGAGCGAUCCGCUCAGAAGGGAUUCAUUCUGAAUGCCUGGAUUACAAUGCGCCAGAUCAUAGUCCUAUAGGAGCUCACCUGUCUUUGUUUGGAUGCCAUGGUCAAGGAGGUAAUCAGUAUUUUGAAUACACAUCCAAAAACGAAAUUCGAUUUAAUUCUGUGACUGAACUGUGUGCGGAAGUAAUUGAAGGACAGAGCACCAUUGGAAUGAAGUAUUGUCCAGCUGAUGAUUCUCCUGUUCCAGAAUCCAUUAUAUGGGAAUUUAAACCUGAUGGAACAAUCUUCCACCCCAAAUCUAACAAAUGCAUUAGUGCUUAUCGAACAGCUGAAGGAAGGAUGGAUGUUGAAAUGAAACUUUGCAAUUCACAAGACAGUCAUCAAAUCUGGCAUUUUGAAUAGAACCAUCAGCCACAAUUUUGUAGAGUAAACUCUUGUGAUGCUUUGACUUUGUCUGUCAAAGUGCUGAAUUAGUGCUGAAGUUAAUAUUUAACACACACAAGCUAAAUGCAAAUUGUAUCACAUCACUACUGUGCCUUACAAAGUGUAUGAAUGAUAUCGUGGUGGGGAGGUUAGGGUGGAUGUAGACAUUUUUUGACUUUGAAUGUUAGUCAUUCUGCAUGUUUGUUUUUUUUAACUCCUGAAUCUUGGCUUCAGUGUAUGAGAUUUUAUUUUUUCCUCUCUUCCCUCGCCACUAAUCAAAAUGUUUUGUGAACAUGAAUGAGUCUAUGUUGCUAUGUAAUUUGUAAAAUCUGGCAUGAUUUGCUUUAUUUUAAAAAAGGGAAAAAAGAUUGCAGGCUUCAAUCAAGAUCUAAUGAAACAAUUUCACUGUUUCAGAAUGUAAAGAGAAAAUUUAGCUAGAAUUUCUACUGAAAUUAUAAAAUGUGAUUUGGCACACAUUAUGAAAAUGUUAAAAAGGGUUGUGUGGUUUGAUAAGCACUUACAAUGCAGGAGCAAAGGGACAGAAUAUCUAAUGCAGAUUAAAAGGCAUGAAAUUAACUACUGUAUUAAAAUUUUGUAAGAAUAAAUUAUCAUUGUUUUACAAAUGAAUAAACCUUUGUGUUGAUUAUCAGUUUGAAGAUUGAGAA